GACACUCCGGCGCAGAGCAUGCCUCCGCUUGACAAGCUGCAGACCAAGCCGUUCAAGCAGAGGAAGAGCUUCGCCACGAGGAAGCAGGAGGUGGCGGGGAUCCGGUCCAAGUUCCCCAACAAAAUCCCGGUCAUCAUCGAGCGCUAUGAGAGGGAGCGGUACCUGCCUCCGCUGGACAAAACCAAGUUCCUGGUCCCUCACGAGCUCGUCAUGACCCAGUUCGUCACCAUCAUCAGGAACCGGAUGGCGCUGCUGCCAAGUCAGGCUUUCUACCUGCUCAUCAACAACGGCGGGCUGCCCAGCAUGUCCCUCACCAUGGCUCAGGUGUACAAGGACCACCAGGAUGAGGACGGCUUCCUCUACAUGACCUACGCUUCGCAGGAGAUGUUCGGACGCUGACACGCGUGCCCGGCCGCACCACGCCGUCUACUGUGCCACCUCCCGUUCCACCUCCCGUUCCACCUCCCGUUCCACUUUUAGUCACCCAUACAGGCUGCUGGUCUGAAUCUGAUGUAAAUACAAAAUAUUUUUAUAUGUUGUAAUAUUUGUUCUCAUCAUUGGGUCUUGGAUGGAUUGUUUUUCUUUUAGUGUUGAUCCAAUAAAUAUUCAGAUGAAUU